UUUAUUCAUAGAGACCUUUGGCACUUCUCGAUAGAGUGUAAAAAAUGCAUCUGCUAUGUCUUUUAAUCUAUUUUUUUAUAGUAUUGAGCGAUUUUUUUGUUAACACCUGAAACAAUGCCUUGCAUACAGUGUUGAACCUGUUGAAACCCAGAAAAGGUUGGUGUCUCCUUUGUCGUUCUUAACUGCUUUUUUUCCUGCAAAAAAUAUAAUGAAAGAGAUCCGCCCUGCGCCUGUCGACUUUUCCACGUUUUCCAGACCAAACAAAACUUUAAAACGAAAUCACGGUGAUUGUCUAAACUCUGAUCUUGAUAAUGUCAGCACGACAAUCGAAUUCUCUUUCUUCUACCAACAACAACAUAACUUCCGUAAACCACACAAUGGAUCGCUCGAAUGCUCAGAGUCAUAUACCAAAAAACAACUCCACGCGCAACGAUUCAGUACUAUCCGGAACGUCGAUCGAAAGUGCUAUUACGAUCGUCGAUGAGCCAUCUUCGCCGUCAAUCGAUGAUCUUUUGGAAGAUUUACAAAGCUUAAGUAUACAAAACAAAAGCGAUCCGGCGCCGGUAGAGAGUAGAACGCUUACGAAAGAGUACCUUGCUGCGAAAAAGGCGGCAUUAGAGAAAAUACAGAGUCCUUUGGCAAAAAAAUGGGAUGAUUUAUAUGAGAAAACCUCGCUUGCCAAAGCGCCAUCUGUGAAACCACUCACUGAUGAUGAAGCUGCUUUGGUGGAAAAUAUUAUGCGAAACACGAGCUCACGAGAACUUGCACAAUUAAAGACCGCCAUUGUCCAAUAUAGCGAUAUUCAAAAGUUAAGGCCUGGAGUGUGGCUAAACGACGAGAUUAUCAACUUUUAUAUGGAACUCAUUGCCGACCGUUCGCGAUCAGAAGAUGCCGCGGAAAAGAAGUUACCAAGUGUGCAUUGCUACAACACAUUCUUCUGUUCAACAUUGCGAGAUCAGGGAUAUGCAAAAGUGCGACGAUGGACAAAAAGGGUCGAUGUUUUCGCCAAAGAUCUGCUAUUCGUGCCUAUCAACUACGCGUAUCAUUGGACUUUGGGCAUGAUUGAUAUGAAGCACAAGAAAAUAACCGUAUACGACUCAAUGGGUGGCUCUCAUCGUGCUACAUUGCAGUUAUUACUGAAAUAUCUUGCUGAUGAGCACCAGGAUAAAAAGAAACAGUCAUUAAAUAUGUCAGGAUGGGAAACUGGCGAGGCACGAGGCAUCCCACUGCAAGCCAACAUGCACGACUGUGGUGUCUUUACGUGUACAUUUGCGGAACGACUGUCAAGACAGAACCAUAUGGAUUUUACUCAGGCUGACAUGGAAUUGAUUCGGAAACGUAUGGUUCUCAGCAUCGCGAAGCAAGAAAUUGUAUGAGAAAUGGUUAAAUGUUGUAAUUAAAAAUAUAUAUAUAUAAAGUACAUGUAGAAAAUCGU